AUGUCCCCGCCUCCCCAGUCGAAGGAUUCAGAAUCUUUAUCCGUGCAGACCUAUCAGGAUUAUCGCUCGGGUUACACGAGGGAUUAUGUCAACACAACACCGAGCUUAUGCCAUUUCCGUGACGAGGAUGGAUCGUGGAUCCCUCCCGGCUGGCAGACAUUCUGCUUAAAGGUGGGCUUUGAGGUCACUGGUGGUGGUGGUGGUGGAUAUAAACACUGGGCAGCAUGGUCCGGAUCACAUAAGGAUAGGGCUCUUGUCUCGCACGAGCCUGCGGCGCUAUUGAACACCACACAAAACCUGGCUCUCCCGCAUGGUUGAUCUUGGGGAUGAUAGAUUGACGCGGCGUGGCGGCACAGCUUGGACACACACCCACUUACAUACAUACAUACAUACAUACAUACACACAGACAGACAGACAGGGUUUUGGUUGUGUAACCAAUAUGUAUCUGCACGGUUUCCCUCACAAGACCAUGUCGAUGAGGCUAUUCCGGAACGAAACAGGAUUAAGGCCGCAUACCUAGACCGACCUACCUAGUUAGUUUCUUCGAAUCAGAUAGCACCGAUCAGGGGAGGGGGUAAUCACCGGGCUGGUGACUGAUCAGGAUGGAUGGGAUGGUACCUACCUUAUGGGAAAGGGUUGUUGUUGGGAGAAAAGAACUGUGCGUGUAACGACACUGAUAACCUACCUACCUACCUACCUACCUACCUAACUACCUACUUACCUGCCUGCCUGCCUGC